AUGGCCAGCACCGGGAAGUGGGUGAAGAUGCUCACCGCGGGUGCCAUUGUCGCCGUGGGUGGGCCUUUGUUUGUCCAAUAUAUCCGACCGACAGACGAGGAGCUAUUCAGCAAAUACAACCCGGAAUUGCAAAAGGCAGCGCUUGAGAACCGUGAUCGGCGAGAGAAGGAAUACGAUGAAUAUGUGAACAAAUUGAAGGAAUGGUCCAAGUCAGAUAAGUCAAUUUGGUUUGCGGUCAAAGAAGAGGAAUCUCGCCGACGAGCGCAGGCAGCGGCAGCCGGAGCAUCGACGCAGUCCAGGGACGAAGAGCGAAUACAGAGGGAAGAGAUGCGACGAGAGCUCCAAGGGGACAAGUGA